CUUUUGCAACAACGGCGAAAGGACCUACUGUCAAAUCAGCAUCAGUAAGAACUAUUGUCCUAAGUUGAUAAAUUAUUUUUAUCUGUAGUGAGUAACAUAUUAUAUAAGAAUAGAAUACAACUCUAUAUUAUACGUAUAUUAACUAGUAGCUUCCAGAUUUUACCAUGAUUUUUUUUCUCCUGGCUGCACUAAUUACAUAUUUAUUUAAUGGGUCUGUAUGCGAAGACUCAACAUAUACCACGAAGUACGAUGGUGUAGACCUGGACGAAAUACUGGCCAAUGAGCGCCUUUUGGCUGGCUAUAUCAACUGCCUGCUGGAUGCUGGCCCUUGCACGCCAGAUGGCAAAGAAUUAAAAAACAAUCUACCUGACGCCAUACAAAACGAUUGUCAUAAAUGUACGGAAAGACAACGGGAAGGAGCUGAUAAAGUGAUGGAGUACAUUAUAGAUCACAAUCCUGACGACUGGAUCAAACUUGAGGAAAAAUAUAAUUCAGACGGCAGUUACAGAAAAAAAUAUUUGGAUAAUAAAAAUUCGAAGAAAACGAAAGCUGCGAAAGAUAAGAGUUCCAAGGAAAAAUCAGAAUAGACAAGUAAUGAUAUAGGAUGGGAUCCAUACAUGGGGCUCAAUAUAAUAAAACACACGCAGAAGUUGCUAGCAACAAAA